AUGAAUGAAUUCACCACUGCUGAGCCUUUUUCUUGGGCGACGCUGUGCGAUAGAAUCAUCGACUUGACCCUUACACAUGUGGAAAUUGCAUUUACGCAGCUGCUCAAUGCGGUCAGGGUUGAAAGGGAGUCCAGGAACUCGCAGGAAUGGGACUUUUGCAAGUUCUUUUUGCUACAAGAAGAAGCUGCGAUUCUUUAUGAAUCUCUUGCUUUGUAUUCUGACGCACUGAUACAGUAUGAUGAGUUGGAUGCAAUGCUCACACAGUACCUUGAAAAUGCAAAAGUGGGUGCACGACCUCACUGGCUUUCGAACUUGCUCAAAAGCGAUAUCACACGGUGGGACUCGUUUCAGCUGGAGCCAAAUUACACGCUGGAGCAAGUGGAGAAAAUCGCGAAUAGAACGGCGAGCUUGUUAGAUUUGCGGAACUACUUGUUUUCGCGGCGUGCGCGUUUGCUAAGCCAGCUUCAGCUUCAUGAGGAAUUAGCGAAAGCCUCGUUGGUAUACGUGUCUGGCACGUUCCAGGAGCUCAGCAGUUUGACCACAAUCAAGCCGCAAUUUAUUCGGACUUGGGCGGUUCUAGCUGGCUUUUCCGCCUUCCAGUUGGUGGAACGUGCGGAUGCGCUAACACCGGAUGGCCACACUAGAAUCACUACUAAUGGCGCUGCCCUGCUGGAUCUUGCUCGCGGGCAUUUAUUUAAGCUUGGGGAUGCUCUUGGACUGGCGGAGGGUAGCCCAGCGGUGGAGGACAUUGAACCCUUGAUUGCUGGGUUUGUCAGCUUAGCGGUCGAAUCCGAUCAGGAAAGCCCUGACGACCCAAAUGGAAAUGGCGAACAAUCCCUGGCUGCUGGCCGCCAGGAAAUUACCAGUAGACUGGAAAUGGCCCUUUCAAGUCCCUCGAAGUUCGAAGCUUUCUACUUGAACGUCUGCUCAAAAACCAUGGACGAGUUCAAGAGAGUUGGGCGUGUUAGAACUGGCAUCUUAGUUGGGCGCGAUCUUGCAAAGUUUCAUUGCCGCCGGGGAAACUUUGAUAAAGCAGAAGAACUUCUUCUCGAGUUGCUGGAACUCUUUCAGAAUGAUAAAUGGUCUCACUUAGUCCAGCUUGUGAGCAGGGAGCUCGUUGAAGUUCACAAAACAACUGGCAAUCUUGUCAAAGAAGCGUCUGUUUAUUAUUCCAUGUCGGCAGCUUCGAACGAUUAUUUCCGAAUGUUUUAUGAAACAAUAAGCGACGUACAGAGCGCGCAAACGCUGCAAUAUCCAUUGGAACAAAUCAGCCGACCGCUCUGGGCGCAUUGUACUCCAUCGUCGAGGGUGGACAUCAAAGAUCAGUUGAAAAUCCAAUUUGAGUUGUACUGUUUAUUCGAUCUAGGGCAGAUAACCGCAGAAGUUUGGCUGGAGGAGGUGUCGCAAGAGGCAAACCGUGAUUUCUCAAUGCUAACGCCAAGUGUUGCCAGCAACAGUAUGGUCGAUGUCUUCUCUGUUGGCAAAGCAAGCACUGCGAUUUCCUUGCCAGCUUCUUACGCAACUUCGGGGAACCCAAUGGACUUUGCACAGAUCGGUCGAUUUUCGUCAAAUGAAUCGUCGGACGAUGGAUUUUUCACGCACAACAAUCUGAUUCAAUUCAACGAUACCGAGAGUGUCUCUGGUCCUGACUUGAGAUACUUUGCACACGUCGAUCAAAGGUCGAAGAGGACUAGAAUGGUAGGCAUUUCUUCCCCUGCGCUGCGAAGAAUAAGGAGCAAGAAAGGAAAGAGCCUCCGUUCAACAUCAAUGAUCGAGCAACCGUCUUUUCCUUCACCAUCAUUGAGGUCGAAUCCCCGCGAAGUCAACCUUUUGAAGGGUGCUAACAAACUCGAGUUCGAUGUGGAUUCUUCCACAGCAGGCCGUUACAGUAUCUCCCGCCUCUGUCUUUUUUAUGAUUUGGAUGGUGCACGAGCAGAAAUGAUCAGCAGCCAACUCGAUCCGCCAGUACACAUCGAAGUCAUGGACAGUGAGCCGGUUUUAACGAUGAAUCUUCAAAACGAACGACUCUACGCCGGCGUGUCGAGUACUCUGGAGUUUUCAAUUCUUGUAGGCUCCAGACCGCUGGAAAAUGAGACCAUAACAGUCAUCGUCUCGAGAGGACUAAAAGUUCUGUCAGAAAAAGUCGCGAUGAACAUAAAAACGCCGAGUAGCAAAUGCACCCAAAAGAAUAUCGUCGACUUGGAACGAUGGUCGAAUCAGAUGACGUUGCAAAUCCCCUUUGCUGCGAAGAGAUCUGAAGUUUCCUUCUCGCUCGAGGUCAGGUGCCCUCUUCACUGUGACGAGUCUGAUUUUAAUGGACUCAUUUCUGACACGGGAUCUUUAAUUGAAGAAGAAGGCGCUUCCGAGGACGAAGAAGACGGCACUGGAGCCGGCGGUAAUGGGAAUAACAUCAAACAACACCACGUGAAUAUCGAACUCCAAUCAUCUGCCAAGCACAACACGUUCAAUCUCAAUUUCAUGCUCCCGUUUGUCAUCAAAGCUUCUACCUAUAGUAAAUUUCUGUCGCUCAACAUUCAAAACCGCUCUACUUGCCCUUGGUCUAUCAAAUCUUCUGUAGCUCGCUUGCUCUCUGACAAUGAUCCUUCCCCCAAAUGUCUUAAAUCGCUCAAUUUAACAGAUGACUUCCAACUCCUGCCAAGCCAAGGAUUCAAAUACCUUUGGCAACUGCCCCACUCCUCGCCCUCCCCUUCCGCUGCCAUUUCCGAGUUUGUUUUUUGCUUCGAACUUGAGGCAGAAGACAUUGUCUACAAGUAUGAACAUUACGAAAUGCUCAACUGCCUCAAGCCCAUGUACCGAGUUCAGUACGAAACAGAAAAACUGGACGAUAUUACUGGUCUGCUGCCACUAACAAUCAAAGUCAAGCGUUGUUACCCGACAGAACGAGGGGAAACGGACGCGAUCAGCUGGCACAUUGCUGAUGAUCGCUCCGCUUGGGGAAUAUCUGGUUUGACGUCGGGAGUGAUGCACUUUGGUGCAGAACAUAACCUCCUGCAGUCAAUUAAAGUCGACUUGAUGCCGCUGUUUAUGGGCGACCUGCGACUGCCUAUUCUCUCGCUAAGAAGACUUGUACAGAAAACAUCGACGAGUACCUCCGAGCAUGACUCAUCUAUCAGUUCCAUCGAUGGAUCCUCUUACAAAGGCAUGAAACGGGUGAAUUUGGAAGAAGGAGAUGUCGAGUUUGCCAAUCCGUUUGAGCUCAUCGUUACAUUGUAA